CGGUGCAAUCCAUCUGUCCCCUCCUACCCCCUGCUUCCGGGGGGUGGGCGAUCCAGGAGAGCUUGGGCCGGAGUGGUGGCGAGGGGGCCCCUCCCCGGCGCCUCCCUCCCUCUCUGGACUUGGUCGCGCCCAAAGUGUAACACUUUCUCUUUGUCGAGCAGCUCGGCUGUUUCCUGUGCGGUAGCUCCCGUUGCGGCGGCGCCGGCAGCAACCCUGGCGGACUCAGGAGCGAUGGCAACAACCGACAUAGCUCGCCAGGUGGGUGAAGACUGCCGAACUGUCCCCCUGGCUGGACACGUGGGGUUUGACAGCUUGCCUGACCAGCUGGUGAAUAAGUCCGUCAGCCAGGGCUUCUGCUUCAACAUCCUGUGUGUGGGAGAGACAGGGCUAGGCAAGUCGACUCUCAUGGACACUCUGUUCAACACCAAGUUCGAGGGGGAACCUGCUACCCACACACAACCAGGUGUCCAGCUGCGAUCCAAUACCUAUGACCUCAAGGAGAGCAACGUGGGGCUAAAGCUCACAAUUGUUAGCACUGUGGGCUUUGGGGACCAGAUCAACAAGGAGGACAGCUACAAGCCGAUUGUGGAAUUCAUUGACGCCCAGUUCGAGGCCUAUCUGCAGGAGGAGCUGAAGAUUCGCAGGGUGCUGCAUACCUACCAUGACUCCCGCAUCCACGUCUGCCUCUACUUCAUUGCCCCCACCGGUCAUUCCCUGAAGUCUCUGGACCUUGUGACGAUGAAGAAGCUGGAUAGUAAAGUGAACAUCAUCCCCAUCAUUGCCAAAUCUGAUGCCAUUUCCAAGAGCGAGCUCACCAAAUUCAAAAUCAAAAUCACCAGCGAGCUGGUCAGCAAUGGGGUCCAGAUCUACCAGUUCCCCACGGAUGACGAGUCGGUGGCAGAGAUCAACGGAACCAUGAAUGCCCACCUGCCAUUUGCCGUCAUCGGCAGCACUGAAGAGCUGAAGAUUGGCAACAAGAUGGUGAAGGCACGGCAGUAUCCUUGGGGCACGGUGCAGGUUGAGAACGAGGCCCACUGUGAUUUUGUGAAGCUGCGGGAGAUGCUGAUUCGGGUCAACAUGGAGGAUCUUCGGGAGCAGACCCACACCCGGCACUAUGAGCUGUACCGCCGCUGUAAGCUGGAGGAGAUGGGCUUCAAGGACACCGACCCGGACAGCAAACCCUUCAGUUUACAGGAGACAUAUGAAGCCAAAAGGAAUGAAUUCCUAGGGGAGCUCCAGAAAAAGGAAGAGGAGAUGAGACAGAUGUUCGUCCAAAGAGUCAAAGAGAAGGAAGCGGAGCUCAAAGAGGCAGAGAAAGAGCUGCAUGAGAAGUUUGACCGGCUGAAGAAGCUACACCAGGACGAGAAGAAGAAGCUGGAGGAUAAGAAGAAAGCCCUGGAUGAUGAAGUAAACGCUUUCAAACAGAGGAAGACAGCUGCCGAGCUGCUCCAGUCCCAGGGCUCCCAGGCCGGAGGGUCACAGACUCUGAAAAGAGACAAAGAGAAGAAAAAGCAAGAAGCUCUCUUCUGACUUACAUGGUAUUUUAAAUGGAAGUGUCUUGUACUAAACCCUAACAAGGCAGGAAAGAGCCAUCAGAGCUGGAGAAUGGACCAAAUGUAACCUCAGAGAGACAACGACAGGAGAACAACCCACCCAAGUGUAAGUGACUGGGGCAGGAGACCUCAGCUGUGGGUGUGCCAGUGCUGUUCAAAAGGUGGUAUUUGAGUUCUCAGCUUUUCUUUUUAGAGAACAAUUCUCCACUUCAAUGAGUUGACUGUCUACAGCCACUCCCGAACAUCUCCGAAUAGGGGUGUGAAAGUCAAACAUUUGUCUCUUUUUCCAUAUUCACCGCCCUCCUACCGACCCCAGCAAGGGGGACAUGUGGACCCACUAGCUAAUGUUCAGGUCGUGAAGUGAGAGAGACAAGAGGGGGUUCAGUUUAGUGAAAGCACAAUGACGCCAUUCAACCUUCCAAGGCUAGUUGGGGAUCUGAGAGAAGGCUCGGCUUGGCUUGAGAUUCAGAGGGAGAGCUUUGAUGUUGCCGAGUCUGCCUUGGGUUCACUGAUUUUCCUUGCAUCAAAAUACCAUGUGAGUGUGCUCAUUCUCAAAGCUCCCUCCCACCAUCACCAUUCUGCUGUCCAGUGUCUCCUGAGAAGGCCUCUUUGCAUGUUUUCCAGAAUCUCUGUCUGUUUUUCCUUUUCUUCGCCUUUGUUCUUUUUGCUCAAAGGUGUGACCGGUCACUGCCCCUCUGGGGGCCAUCAUUUGCCAGGAGAAACAUGCCAGAACCAGCAAUGUUCAGCUUGAGACCUUUCUAAUGUCCAUGUCAGUUUUCAAUAAAACUCAACGAAAUGCUAAA